AUGACAAACAAUUCCAAACACUACAAUAGUCCAUGGUGGAGGGUGGACUUUUUGGCAGUGUAUGACAUUAGCAAUGUAAUCAUUACUAACAGAGGUGACUGCUGUCCAGAACGGAUAAAUGGUGCUGAGAUCCACAUUGGCAAUUCCUUAGUCAACAAUGGCAACAACAACCCCAGAUGUGUUGUUAUCUCUGCAAAUUACACCUGCAAUAUGCGGGGUCGUUACGUGAAUAUUAUCAUUCUCAAUGUUGCCCAGCACCUCACGCUCUGUGAAGUGGAAGUCUAUGGAGUUGCAGUCCCCGUAUUUAAGAGGGCAUACCUGAGAUUAACGUUUAACGGCACUGAGGAUCUCAGCAACCCUACCAUGACGGAAAAUGUUCUUCAAAAGAUGUCCAAUGUCCAGUCAUCAGUAUUUCAGGUCUGCUGGACAAAGGAACCAGAACUGUAAACUGACACCUGA